CGCGCGUGAACGCUCCCCGCAUCCUGCUCGCUACGCCACCGUCAGCGGGAAGGUGAGGAAACGAGAUCCCGCAAUAACGUUAGGUUACAGCAGACGGGCGGGUUGUCCUGGAUGAGCGCUGCGUGGGACUGAAACGCGGAAAGUAAGCACCGUUCGCGUGUGCGGGAGACGAGCGCCCGCUGGACCUGCUGUGGAAACGGAGCGGGGCAGGUUCAUGUGUCAUUCAGCGGACAGCGUAGGGGGAUACAGAGAGUAUGGAUGGCUAUGGCUUCUCCAGCGAUAUGUUCAGUGGGCGGGCAGUUUUGGGCGAGGACCGCUCGGUCAUGGCCCGCAUGCAGAAGAAGUUCUGGAAGACCAAGCAGGUUCUGAUCAAAGCCACGGGGAAGAAGGAGGACGAGUAUGUGGUGGCGUCUGACGCAGACCUGGACGCGAAGCUGGAGUUCUUUCGUUCAAUACAGACCACAUGCACAGAGCUGCUGAAAGUGAUAGAAAAAUACCAGCAAAGAAUCACAUUCCUGUCUCAGGAGGAGAAUGAGUUGGGCCUGUUCCUACGUUUCCAGGCCGAACACGACAAAACCAAAGCAGGAAGCAUGAUGGAGGCCACCAGCAAAGCCCUCUGCAGCUCUGCUAAGCAGAGGCUAGCUCUGUGUCCCCCACUGCAUCGGAUGGAGCAGGAGGUGGAGACAUUUAGGCGGCGGGCUAUAGCAGAUACGCUACUGACGGUGGGCCGCAUGGAGAAGGCCCGCACUGAGUACCGCGGAGCACUGCUCUGGAUGAAGGACGUCUCCCAGGAGCUUGACCCCGACACCUACAAACAACUGGAGAAAUUCCGCAAGGUGCAGGCGCAGGUGAGAGGGACGAAGGUGCAUUUCGAUAAGCUGAAGAAUGACGUGUGUCAGAAGGUGGACAUGCUGGGGGCCAGUCGCUGCAACAUGCUCUCUCACUCCCUCUGCACUUAUCAGACCACUCUGCUACAGUUCUGGGAGAAAACAGCACACAUCAUGUCUGGCAUCCAUGAGGCCUUCAAAGGAUACGUGCCCUAUCAGUUCACUACCCUGAAGGAGCUAAGGGACCCACUGGAGCACCUUUCAGAAAUCCAGUCGGAGGACAAAAAGGAGAAAGAAAAACAGACUAAAGGCGACAAUCUUGUGUCCCUGGAGGAGGACAAGUCUGGGGAAUCCGCCUCUGAAGCUGUUUCUGCCCCAGACGUUGGUCAGAACAGAGACUCGGACAGCUCUUUAUGUGCCAGCUUGGACUCGGCCUCACUUGAGCCCUCAGGCACUGUGAGUGGAGUCAGUCCAGAUGAUGACCUCUUACUCAUGACCCCUGACCCUGCCCCAACCCUGACCCCUGCAAUGACCCCGGCUGUACCCAUACCGCAGCCCGAAAGCUGUCCAGAGGCUGCACUGUCCCCUGCUAUCCAGUGGUACUCCAGUUUCCCCCAGGGGCAGAAUCCUGAGGCCUUGCCCAGCAUGCCACUACCUGAGAAGGUUGGCAGGGACCUGCUGUCUGGACUUACCCUGCAGCCUGGCACUGAGGAUGAGGAUGGAGAAAGGGGUGAUAUGUCAUUUCUGCAGGACCUGCUGAGCCCUGGAGCCUCCAGUGGUGCCGAUGACUUCAGCAAGGCGUGGCAGGAUGCUUUUGGGUGUUUUGAGCCUCCUUCAGCCGCCCCCUCUGCCACACACAUCCCUGCGGCAAGCAUCCCCACAGCCCCUCACUCCCCAUCUCAUCCCACAAGCCCCACUGGCUUCCUGCCCUCACAGCUCCUCGACCACAGCCUCAGCACCACAGGAUGGGUGACUCCACCCAUGUUUCAAGCUCCUCCCCUUCAGCCCCCUCCCACUGGCAGUCAGAUCCCAGCUGCCCAGAACAGCCCCAGAACGUCAGCUAGUGCUCCUAAAGGUGGCACCAGGGACAUGUCUGCUUGGUUUAAUCUGUUUGCCGAUCUGGACCCACUCUCCAAUCCGGAUGCGAUUGGCCGAACUGAUGAGGAACUCCUUAAUGCCUGAGGAUUCCAUCACGACUUGCCGUUUCAUCGCUGUACAUGAAGAAAAGCAAGAGCUGGACGUCCCCUCUACCAAAAGUCCCACCGAGCCAAGGACACGUCCGGAUCCGCAGCCCUGUAUUCUGGAUCCGGGAUAUUUCUCUGUAGUGGGGAAUAGCUCCCUCUGUUUCUGUGUGUUUGAGUGUUUGUGCUAUUCUACUGUUCUUUACUUUAGGGGAAACGUGGGCUUAAAGUGGGUUAAAAAAACUGCACUAAACACACAUCGAUCACAUUUUCUUGAAAUAUGACAGCCUGUUGCGGUUGAAGCUGUCCGAAGAGCACAUGUGGAGGGAAGCGAAGUUAGAUGCUAGUGUGUCGCUGAUUUUCUCCCUUAUAAGGGACCUACAAUGUCUUCUACACUGUAUAGCUACACUCUUCAAUCUCUGAGUUUGUAAAUAGAGACGAUCUGUCUGUAUUAUGUACUGGAAACCUUGAGUGUCCAGAAACAGCUUUGAAGAAUCAGAAAUGUGUAUUUUAACUAUGGAUAUCCUAAAUCAAGAGUACAUUCAUCAAAGAUAUUUAUUUUAGGGACCCUCAGGCUGUUUUCAUUAGAUUGGAUUUUCCUGGUCUGGCCUGUGCAUCAUGAUCUGUUGGUCUGGGUAGUUUUUAGAUGGCAUAGAUUUAGAUGUAAUUACAGAGUAAACAGACUCUGCCGAUUGAGAAUUAAGCGUGGUAGCUAACUUUCUCGGUGAUGUAUUAAAGGAAUGAUUCGGUCCAUAACGCUCAUGUCGCUGACAGUGAAUGAAAGUGAAUGAUGACUGAUUUAGUAUAACUUCAUUUGCAUCAUGUUAAUUGGUGUAACUUCCAUGUAUUGUUAGCAGGCAUGGUUGAGCUGUUUCUUUAACACGUGACUUCAAACUUUUAUAGAAAGGCGUUGAACUUGGUGAUGAUGAUGGAUACAAGGGCUCUCGAGUGGCGCAGCUGUCUAAGCUUUGGCUGGAUUUUCAGAAAAGUGUUGAGUUUGAUCUCGUCGGCUAGCGUCACUCUGACUGAGGUAGGGUUAUUCUGCCCACCCAAAGAAAGAAAAGCCAGUUAGGCUUUCUAAUUACUGUAUCGCUGCUGUCGGGAACAAAACCUUCUAUCUCCUUGUAUCUGUUUUUGUCGUUUUUCAGUUUUUUACAUAAUUUGUAAAUGCCUGCUGCCCUUUACAUUGUGUGUAAAUUUCAAGGUGAA